UGAUAGUAGUCUGUCACGUCCGCUCCCUUCAAUUAAUUAUUUAAACAUGUAAAUAUACCGUCGAACCAUACGAAUCAGUGGUCACAGUGCUAUUUUUUAUUUUAAGUUUUCUGUACGAGUGCACGUGUCGCAAGUCAUUAACUACGUAAAGAAAGAAAUAUGUCGGAGAUUCGUAAGAGAAUUAUUGAAAAUGACAAUCAGAAGGAAGAUGUGGAGUCUGAGGAUGAUGCAAAAUUGGAAGUGGAAGAACUGGGUAAGACAUUACCACAAGGAACCGAUCAUACUCCACACAUUUUGGAUUCAGCUCUUUCCGGCUUACCCGAUCGCUGGAAAAAUUGGGUGAUUAGGAGUAUUUUUACAUUAUUUAUGAUUGUUGGAUUUUGUGGUAUCAUUUAUAUUGGACCAUUAGCACUGAUGGCUACAACACUGAUCGUACAAGUAAAAUGUUUCCAAGAAAUUAUUAACAUUGGAUAUGCUGUCUAUAGAAUUCAUGGUUUACCAUGGUUUAGGUCACUGUCGUGGUAUUUCUUAAUUACUUCCAAUUACUUCUUUUAUGGAGAAAAUUUAAUGGACUAUUUUGCUGUAGUGAUUAAUCGAACAGAAUAUUUACGUGUACUUGUUACCUAUCAUCGUUUCAUUUCAUUUUGUCUAUACAUUGUUGGCUUUGUAUGGUUUGUACUGUCACUUGUAAAGAAAUACUAUAUGAAACAGUUUUCCUUAUUUGCUUGGACGCAUGUGGCUCUGCUUAUUGUUGUGACGCAAAGUUAUCUUAUAAUUAAGAACAUUUUCGAAGGUUUGAUAUGGUUUAUUGUUCCAGUUAGUAUGAUAGUGAUAAACGAUGUGAUGGCAUACAUGUUUGGUUUCUUCUUUGGCAAAACACCAUUAAUUAAAUUGUCACCCAAAAAGACUUGGGAAGGCUUUAUCGGUGGUGGUUUUUCAACAGUUGUACUUGGUUUAGUGGUAUCGUACAUCAUGUGUCAAUACCGCUACUUCGUCUGUCCUAUUGAAUACAGUGAAGCUUUAGGACGAAUGACUAUGGACUGUGAACCAUCCAUUUUGUUUCAACCGCAGGAAUACACGUUGCCUAACAGCAUGCAACUUGUAUGGAAAAUGAUUAGCGGAAGGAGUGCUAUAACACUGUAUCCCUUUUUAGUUCAUUCAUUAUCAAUGUCGGUAUUUAGUUCUGUAAUCGGACCUUUCGGCGGCUUCUUUGCCAGCGGUUUUAAGAGAGCAUUCAAAAUUAAGGACUUUGGAGAUGUUAUACCUGGUCAUGGAGGAAUAAUGGAUAGAUUCGAUUGUCAGUAUUUAAUGGCAACGUUUGUGAACGUCUAUAUAUCUUCAUUUAUUCAAACUUCAUCACCUCAGAAACUUUUGCAGCAGGUGUACAGCUUAAAACCGGAACAGCAGCUACAGCUAUUUCAAACAUUAAGGGAUUCUCUACAAAACAGGGGUUUGUUGAAUGUCUACUAAUACUCCACCAUUGAUUGAAAUUAUUAAUAAUAAUGAUU